AUGCAGCUGCCGCCCUUUGACAUGUGGAAGGACUACUUCAACCUGAACCAGGUGGUGUUGGCCCUGAUCCAGAGUGGGGGGCAAAGGCCAGAGGCCCAGGGGAAUGGGGAGGAGAAGCCUGGGCCCCAGCUGGGGCAGGAGCAGGGUCUGGGAGGGCCGGGGGCCAGCACAGGCCUGGCCACCCUGUGCAAUUUCUGCAAGCACAACGGGGAAUCGCGCCAUGUCUACUCCUCACACCAGCUGAAGACCUCAGAGGGCGUGGUGGUGUGCCCCAUCCUGCGGCACUAUGUGUGUCCCCUGUGCGGGGCCACCGGGGGCCAAGCCCACACGCUCAAGUACUGCCCGCUCAACGGCGGCCAGCAGUCUCUCUACCGGCGCGGCGGGCGCAACUCGGCCGGCCGCAAGGUCAAGCGCUGA